CUUUCUCUUGAUGAAAUUAAAGAUGUGUCAACCUCGAUAACUUAUGGGUUAACUACAUCCACUUAUGAAUGUAUGAUUUGUUGUGAAGUUAUACGACCCAGUAAUAAGACAUGGUCUUGUGGAGUUUGUUGGGCAGUAUUUCAUUUGCAGUGUACACAAAAGUGGGCUCAAAAGUCCUUCGAUAAUGCUGGUUCAUGGCGUUGUCCUGGAUGCCAAAACAAUUCUGAGAGUAUUCCUGAGACGUAUCAACUUCGUUGUAUCGAAGUCGACCAUUCUGGUGGUAAAUCGUGCGAAUCAGUUUGUGGAAAUUUAUUGGGAUGUGGCAAACAUUAUUGCAAAAAGCAAUGUCAUCCAGACGAUUGUACGCGAUGCGAAGUAAUAGAGAUACAAAAAUGUUACUGUGGACAGACGGAACGAGAGGCGACAUGUGGUGAAGGGAUAGCUAUCCGUUGUUGUGGUGGAGAAUCUGGAAAAUCAUUACAGGUUUCGGACAGUCACGAAGAAUUAAUAUGUGAUAGAAUAUGCAGAGGCCUUAGAACUUGUGGCAAGCAUCAAUGUAGUGUACGUUGUUGUCCAUCAGCUAACAAGAAAUCCUCAAAAAGUAGAGGUAGUGCUUCGCAAGAGGAGGAAUAUGAUGUUAAUCAUCAAUGUGUUUUA